AAUGGUAUUAAAGAUGACUCGAGGAAGAAUAAAAAUGGAGAAAAAGAAAGGGAGUGACAACUGAGAAAAGGGUUGUUGAAACUUUCAAGAACUCGUAAGUGAAGAUUUCUUGCAAAUGGACGCGAUUGGCGUCUUGAUGACAUGCCCCAUGUUCGCGUACCUAGAGCAAGAACUCGAGAAAAGGUUCAAGCUUUACCGGUUCUGGGAUUUCCCUUCGCAGCGCCAGUUCUUCAAGAGCCACUCGGGCUCGAUCCGAGCCGUCGUCGGGAACACCAAGCUGGGCGCCGAUUCGGCGCUGAUCGACGCGCUGCCGAGGCUGGAGAUCGUGGCGAGUUACAGCGUCGGGCUGGACAAGAUCGAUUUGGGCAAGUACGAGGAGAAGGGGAUCAGGGUCACGAACACUCCCGAAGUUCUGACCGACGACGUUGCUGACAUUGCCAUUGCUCUGAUGCUGGGUGUGCUGAGGAAGUUUUGUGGGUGCGAUGCGUUCGUGAGGGGUGGGAAGUGGAAAGGUGGAGACUUUGGAUUCACCACCAAGUUCAGCGGCAAGUCGAUUGGCAUAGUUGGGUUGGGCAGGAUCGGUUCCGCCAUCGCGAAAAGAGCCGAAGCAUUCAACUGCCCGAUCAGUUACUACUCCAGAUCGGAGAAGCCGCACGUGCAUUACAAGUACUAUCCGAACCCCGUGGCAUUGGCCCGCCACUGUCGAAUCCUCGUGGUGGCGUGCGCGCUGACGGAAGAGACCCGCCACAUCAUCGGCCGGGAAGUCAUGGACGCGUUGGGCCCCGAGGGCGUCCUGAUAAACGUCGGGCGGGGCGCGCACGUGGACGAGCCCGCGCUGAUCUCGGCCCUGCUCGAAGGCCGGCUCGGCGGCGCGGGGCUUGACGUGUUCGAAAACGAACCGGAGGUGGCGGAGGAGCUGCUUCGGAUGGACAAUGUGGUUCUCCUGCCCCACGUGGGAAGCGAUACGGUGGAGACCUGCGAGGCGAUGGCGGAUCUUGUUGUGGCAAACUUGGAGGCACACUUCACCGGAAAGCCGCUGCUGACUCCAGUCGUAUGACUCAUCGAAGGAUCGGAACUGUUGACUGAUUAAAAAUCCCUUUUUUUUUUUUUUAAUUCCUAGUAUCUGAAGUUGGGACUUUUUCU